UUUUUUAACCAUUUAGAAUCUGUUAAAAUGGGAAUAGUUUUCCUAAAUAAUAAUAAUACUUUUUAAAGACGACAUAUCUUAACAAAUAUUGUUUAUUAAUUGAUUUAUAAAUUAAUAUCGCAUUAUAUAACAAACAUAAAGCUUUAUAAUGUUAAGUACAUUUCGGGGAGCAUGGCUAACCAACAUACAAUUUCAACAGAUUAGAUUUGGACACAGGAUAAGAGGGAAAGCUCCUAUUUAUUGUAGAACUAUAAAAGAACGACUUGAAGAAUUGAACUAUAAAGAUGAAAUUUAUACAACAAAGAUAAAUAUAGGAUUCCCACGAACCAAAGUUUCAGCAUCUGAUAUACGUACAAAACGUUUAGAACAUAUUAAAAAUAAUAAAAAUGAUAAAAAUUUAGAACAACUGGCACGCAACCAUAAAUUAGAACUUGAUCUUACAAAAGCAAGAAUAGAAUGGCUCAAAACUGCAGGGCCAAAUCAAAAGAAACAAAUUGCUGAUCACUAUGGUAUAUUUGAGCAUCUCUAUGGUGAAGGCUAUUUUAUACCAUUUGUGAAUUUAGAUGUUUAUUACAAUUUAAAUGAUGGCUCCCUAUUACCUGUUUUCUCUGGAAAUGUAGUAAAACCAAAAGAAGCAAUUAAGUACCCUAGUGUUGGUUAUGAAAGUGAUGCAAAUUCUUUAUGGACUUUGUCACUGACCAGUCUGGAUGGUCAUCUAACAGAGGCAAAUAAAGAGUAUGUGCAUUGGUUAAUUGCUAAUAUACCAGGUGAUUCUAUAGAAAAGGGUGAUACAAUUGUGGAAUAUUUACAACCAUUCCCAUUGAAAGGGACUGGAUACCAUAGAUAUGUUUUCGUACUAUAUAAACAAGAUGGAAAAGUCUCAUAUGAUUUACCAAAAGUAACUUCAUCAUCACCACUUGAAGCCAGAACAUUUAUAACCAGAGAAUGGUACCAAAAAUAUCAAGAUAAUAUCACUCCAACUGGUCUGGCAUUCUAUCAAACUGAUUGGGAUGAUAGUGUAAAGGACUUUUUUCAUAAUGAAUUGAAAAUGAAGGAACCUAUUUAUGAGUAUGACUUCCCGGCACCAUACAUUAGACCACAAGAAUGGUUCCCACGACGCAGGCCUUUUAAUAUCUACAUGGAUAAGUACCGGGACCCUAAACAAAUAAAUAAGGAAUAUUUAGUACGAAAACUGAAAAAUGAAGAUCCUUUCAAGAAACCUCCACCUCAAUUAAAGUUCCCCAAUGCUCAUCCGCUGCCGAAAAAUAUGCCGUCUUGGUUGAAACUACAGGAAAAGAAUAUUAGACUAGGUUGGGGCCGAGUAAAUGAUGUAUAGUGAGAUUACUUUUUAAAUAAAUAGAGAAUAAAUUCUGUUAUAAAUAAGUUUACUUUUAUAUUCCAUUUUUAGAUCGGAUCUGCCUUGGU